AUGAGUAUUGUUAGCUAUCGCAACUCAGGCAAACCACAUCCAAGAACUAACUUCUCCAAGGAUGAAGAUAAUCAACUCUUGGAACUUGUCCAGAUGUACGGUGUAGGAAAUUGGAAUAUCAUUGCUUCUAAAUUAGAAAACUGUAAUGUUAGGCAAGUAAGAGAAAGGUACCUCAAGUACUUAUCCCCUAACAUCGAGAAAGGCCCAUGGACACACGAAGAAGAUUUUCUUCUUACACAAAAGUACAACGAGAUUGGUCCAAAAUGGAAGCAGAUUGCAAGAUUUUUCCCAAAACGUACAGAUAUUUCUGUCAAGAAUAGAAUGAAUAAGUUAAUGCGUGGUGUUUUUAAGCCAACAUCAUACAAACAUACACCAAAAGUCCAGUCUUCAGCGCCAUCUACCCCAGAACAGACACUUUCAUACCAAACUCCUGUUGAAGUUGAGAAAAUACCAGAACCAUCCAAUGGUAUUCCAUUAGAAGUGAACAGUGUAGAUCUCUUCGAAACUGAGUUAGAUGACUUUUCAUUUGGCUUUGAAGAAUUUGUUUUGUAA